AUGAUUGAAUCACAAGAUGCCAUCUUUCUGCUAGCAUUCGAAAUUUUGGUGUCAUUAAUCAUGAAUCUUACAGAUUCAACUGUUGCUUCACGAUCUAAUUUAUCUGAACUUGUGAUUGAAUACGUGUUGAAUCAGCAUCGUCAGGAUUUGAUUUCAAUAUUAGAGGCCGAAGAUGUCGAGCUACAUUAUUCUGUUGUAGUACAUUUUGUGCUACUUCUAGAAACCUAUCCUAAAUUAUGUGAAGCAAUUUUAUCCAAUUCAUCAAAACAUCUUCCUUUGUUUGAUGUUGCGUUAGUUAAAGCAGCAAAGAUACUGCAUAAAUCCUUGGAAUUAGAUAAACAAAUGGAGCUGAUUCCAAAAGACAACAUUCAUUUUCGAGUCACAGGCCUACCUCACUGUCCUGAAGUGCACAGAUCAACAAUGCCUAAACUAAAGGAUGAUGGAAAAUUUCUCUGUAUUCAGGGCACAGUCAUAAGAACAACACAGCAAAGGGUUCUAGAAUAUCAAAAAGAAUUCAAAUGCAAAAAAUGUGGUCAUGAAUUUCUAGUAAAGGCUGACUAUAAUCAAUAUUACAUAAUCAAAACUCCACCACAAUGCCCUAGCCCUAUGAAAUGCAAGUCUACUGCGUACCAACCUUUGGAAAAAUCAACACCGACGUAUCGAAAAGAUUACCAGGAAAUCAAAUUACAAGAACCAGUUCACAAACUUGCGAUUGGGACCGUUCCUACGUCGCUAUGGGUUACCUUAGAAGAUGAUUUGGUUGACCGGUGCAAACCAGGAGAUGACAUAAUUGUUUGCGGUCUGGUGAGGCGCCGUUGGCAACCCUUUGUCCGGGAUCAGCGGUCAGUUUUGGAACUUGUACUCAAAGGAAACUUUAUAGAAGUUGUGAACGAAGCAAAGGUUAUGAAUAGUGCUGUAAACGAGGAGCUAAACGACGGGUUUAAACUGUUUUGGUUAAAAUACGCCGCCUGCCCUCUAGUUGGCCGAAAUAUCAUUUUGUCGUCGUUUUCCCCUCAAAUUUACGGUCUUUACAUCGUCAAACUAGCAGCUGCUAUUGUUCUUGCUGGUGGAGUUACAAGGAAAGACGAUUCGGGAACCAAAGCCAGGGGAGAAUCACAUUUACUUCUUGUUGGAGAUCCUGGAGCCGGAAAAUCUCAAAUCCUGAAAUAUAUCUGCAAGCUAAGUCCCCGAUCAGUACUCACAACAGGAAUUGGAACAACGAGUGCCGGUCUCACGGUGUCUGCGGCUAAGGAUUCUGGAUUAUGGCAUUUAGAAGCGGGAGCACUUGUUUUAGCAGACGGAGGUGUGUGCUGCAUUGAUGAGUUCAGUUCCAUACAAGAAAGAGAUCGUGCAUCGAUACACGAAGCUAUGGAACAACAAACCAUCAGCGUUGCCAAAGCUGGAAUGGUAUGCAAGCUUAACACGCGUUGCUCUAUUAUAGCUGCGACAAAUGCAAAAGGGGGUCAUUAUGACACCAGCCUUAAUUUGAGCGUAAAUGCCGGGCUGGCAAGUCCUCUGCUUUCUCGUUUUGACCUCAUUCUUGUACUGAUAGACAGUAAAGACAAUAAUUGGGAUCAAAUUGUUGCUCACCAUAUACUGAACGGGAACGAUACUUCAAGUGGCGAUACGGCUCUUUGGUCUUUUGAAAUGAUGAAGUCAUACUUUGGCAUUAUUAAAAAUCUCAGGCCAAUGCUUACUCCAGAUGCUAACCGAGUCUUAUCGAAAUACUAUUAUGCUCAACGACAGGCGGAUGAUCGAAAUGCAGCUCGCACGACAGUAAGGAUGUUGGAGAGCAUGAUCAGGUUAGCCCAGGGCCAUGCAAGACUAAUGUUCCGCGAAGAAGUUAACGUAAUGGAUGCCGUCGUUGUUGUUACUUUAAUGGAAAGCUCAAUGCAAUCUGCUGCAUUGAUAUCAGCAGACAACUGCCUCCACUCGUCAUUUCCAGUAGAUGCUAUGCUCGAAUACCAACAUCAAGUUGAACUAGUGCUGAAACGGUUGGGAUUAGAAGAUUUGCUAACUUCUGAAAUGGAAAGUUUGAAUGAAUUUGCUGCUUUGCCAACCGACAACUAUGCAAGUCAUCCGUUUCCGAAUGGUAAAAAAUCGGCUAGCAAUGACCUCCAUAUAGCACAAACCCAAGCAAUUUUAGCGAACAUUCAGAGGCAAAAUCACAAUAAAACCAGCCUCUCUGAAGGUGAACGAAACGAAAGUGGUAUUAAAAGGAAACCACUCAAUGAUAAACAAUCGCGAUCUAAAAGAAUUAAAUUUUCGGCGGAGGAUAUUCCUCCGUCGUCUACUUCAGAAGGCGGGUGCGUUGAUAGUCAUAAGACAAGUAAUACCCAAGAAGAUAUUAGCCAUCAUUCGAAGACCAGGAAAAACAGGAUUGAAAUAGACAAACAUGAUUCUUCUGAAAUGUCGAAUUACAAUGCAGAUCAGAGAAACCAGUCAUGGGAUGAAAUUUCCUCAGUUAUAGGAUCCCCAGUGAUAUCUUCUACUAUCAUAGAAAAUUCUUCCUCCAAGUCUAAGUUAUCCAUUUUCAAGUAUCAAAGAGACGAAAGUGAAGAAGACGAUACUAUUUUUGAUCUUUGAUUUCUUGUACGCUACUCGUUGUCUUAUUUAGUACUGAAAUAAAAAUAAAAAUUCCGUAAACAAAA